AUGCACGUGUACAUUCAACCCGCAGCUCCUUGGUUAGGGGACCACAUCAAGUCGUUCAUCCGAAAACAUGCUCCGAACGCCGUCUUCAUCGAUGACUUUGAUGACUUCCCGUCAGAUGCCAAAAGUGUCUUUCAGUUCUGUGACGGAUGGGCACUCAAUCGCAACUUUGCUGUCUUGAAUGCGGCAGAAACUGCCCUCAUCAAUGCCUAUCCGAACAGCGACGCCUUGGCUCGAAAAGACUAUCUGGCUCGAGUGGUGGACUUCUGGACGGCCAAAAGACCUGAGAGUAUCUUGAAGAGAUGUGUCCCACUAACGGUUCGACUGUCUCUGGACUAUGCCGAAUAUGUCGACGAUGCCUUGACCGCGGCUGACGACCUCACACUCCUGAACUCUCUCGAAGAGAAUGAUGCCAAGCCUGCCUCUGAGCGUGAGUGGUGGAUUCUCAAGCCUGCACUGGUCGAUUGCGGUGCCGGCAUCCGUCUAUUCAGUACGAUGGAAGAGCUUGCAAGUCACCUGGAGCUCGCCGAAUACGAAAUUGAUGAGGAUGACGAGAGAGAUCUGAGCGAGCAGGCAAACGGCAAACCUGACGGCUUUUCUCCAACCCUUUCAACACCUGGUCUGGACUCUUUGGAUGCUCUCAUCACUGCAACAGGAGGACUUUCUCUGAAAAAUCCCGAUGAGGGUGUUCAGAGAGCUCCAAAGCCGCAAUACGUCUUCAAGGAAGGAGGUCGAAUCCCUUCAGCUCAGAUGCGCGAGUUCGUGGCUCAACGAUACAUCGUUCAUAUUCCGCCCAUGGAGAAGAGGAAGUGGCAUGCUCGGGCAUACGUACUUUCCAUGGGCCGUCUCAAAGUCUACGUCUUCAAGGAGAUGCUCGCUCUGCUGGCCGGGGAAGACUAUGAACCUCCUUGGCUCAACCCCAGUCUCAAGUCGUCCUUGACCAACACGGCGCUCCAGGAUGAAGACGUCUUCGUGAACAAGCAGUCCAUGAGGGACUUCUGGGCAGCUCCAGAUGAUUUACUCCCAGGAGAUUGGAAAGCCGAUGUCUUUGAACAGAUCUGCGAUAUCUCGGCUGAGCUGUUCCGCGGAGCUGCCCAUACCAUGGCGGACAAGUUCACGACGGUGAAUAAGUGCUUCGAGUUGUUUGCUGUGGACUUUCUCAUUGAUACAAGUGGGACUGCUUGGCUUUUGGAAGUCAACGAGACACCGGCCUUUUACGACGUUGGGAUGGCUGGCCCGUUGGCAUUACGCCUCAUGGAGUCUGUCGUUUGUAUUUCUAUGGAGCACAUGGGCAAAGCCAGACUCGAUGAUGAGCAUAACGCUCUGGUGAAGAAGCGGAUGAUCCAGGUUCUGGAUGAAACUGACAAGCUCGCCAAAAGCAACAUCACAGAGAUUCUUCCAGAGAACUAG